AUGAUACUAUCAAGAGGGAAAACUAUGCAAAAAGCCGAGAAUACUGAAAUGUCAAUACUGAGGAGCACACACCUCGGUUACUGCCUCAUGGAUAAUCCUCAGCUUGUUGCAUGGUCGAAUUCAGUUGCUAAGUUACUUGGUUUGGAUUCUAAAGAAUUCGAAAGACCUGAUUUUCCACUUAUAUUCUUUGGCGCAUCACCCUUGGUCGGAGUAAAUCCUUAUGCGCAAUGCUAUGGUGGACAUCAGUUUGGAAUGUGGGCCGGUCAGUUGGUUGAUGGUAGGGCAAUUACUCUCGGAGAGGUUCUGAAUUUGAAGUCUGAAAGGUGGGAAUUGCAGCUUAAGGGUGCUGGAAAGACCACAUACAGUCGGUUUGCUGAUGGUCUUGCAGUCUUGCGCAGUAGUAUCCGGGAAUUCCUUUGCAGUAAGGCAAUGCAUAGUCUAGGAAUCCCGACUACACGUGCACUUUGUCGGGUGACGAUCGGAAAAUAUGUCACUAGAGAUAUGUUUUAUGAUGGCAAUCCAAAGGAUGAGCCUGGUGCAAUUGUUUGCAGAGUUGCUCAAUCCUUUCUCCGGUUCGUUGUGGAUUUAACUUCGACCAAGUAUGCAGCUUGGGCAGUAGGAGUUGCUGAGUGUACGGCUUCCUUAGUGGCACAAUGGCAGGGUGUUGGCUUCACACAUGGAGUGCUGAACACUGAUAACAUGAGUGUGUUGGGACUCACCAUUGAUUAUGGUCCUUUUGGUUUCUUGGACUCUUUUGAUCCCAGUUACACUCCUAAUACUACAGAUCUUCCUGGGAGAAGGUAUUGCUUUGCAAACCAACCCGAUAUUGGCUUAUGGAACAUUGCACAGUUCAUGACAACUCUUUCUGCUGCUAAGAUGAUAAAUGACAAGGAGGCUAACUAUGCCAUGGAGAGUACAAUAAGCAAAGCUGAUCCUACCAUUCAAGAAGACGGGCUAUUGAUUCCCCUGAAGGCUGUUCUAUUGGAUAUUGGUAAGGAGCGGAAAGAUGCAUGGACCAGCUGGGUUCAGUCCUACAUACAGGAGCUGUCUGCUAGUGAUUCUGACGAGGAGAGGAAGAUCUCAGUGAACUCUGUAAAUCCCAAAUGCAUCCUUAGAAACUAUUUAUGUCAAAGUGCCAUAGAUGCAGCUGAACUAGGUGAUUUUGAAGAGGUUCGCAGGCUGCUGAAGGUUAUGGAAAGUCCAUGCAAUGAGCAACCAGGAAUGGAAAAAUAUGCACGCUUGCACCGAGCAUGGGCUGAUCGUCCAGGGUUUCUAUUUCUGCAUUUUCAUGUUACAUCUUCAUGGGGCCUCAACGAUCCCGUUGGCGAUGUUAAAAGUCUGUCGAGAAAAUUGUUAAGUUCUUCUGUUACUUCCCUUUGUGUAAAUGGAGUAAAGAGUGGAGCAAUGAAAGAGCCUGUAAAAGCAGUGGAAAUGAAUGGCCUAAGGAAACGCCCACCAAGUUCUUCAAAUCCUACACAGAAUAAGCAGUGGCCUUUCUUGAAAAAGAAAGAAAAUAGAGGGAAUAAAUCUGAUUCUGAUUCCACAAAUUUUGCAGGAAGUAAACCUUGA